AUGAAACACGGUAUAAAACUUCGUAAACUUCAAAGAACACCUUCUCACCGAUGGGCUCUUCUCAGAAAUCUAGUGACGGCUUUAUUACACCAUGAAAGUAUCAAAACUACACUUCCUAAAGCUAAAGAAACUGCGAGACUUGCUGAAAAGAUCAUAACACUAGGAAAGAAAAGUAGUGAUCCUGCUCGAAGAGCCGCACAAGGUUUUCUCUUCCCUAACCACACCUAUUCCCCAUCCGCCGUCAUCGAACCCGUCCCUCCCCCUCGUCCCCUCGGCUACUCAUCCCCUUCCACCAAAACUCCAUCAAUCUCAACAUCUCAAGGGAAUUCUGAUGCACCAAUCGACCCAGAAGCUUCCCUCGAUCCCCCUCCUUCACCCCACGCAAUCCUCUCCAAAGUAUUCACCAAUCUAGCCACCCGGUAUGCGACUCGUCCAGGAGGUUAUACUCGUAUACAUAAAUUCGGUAGGAGACAAGGUGAUAACGCCCCUCAUGCGAUAUUGGAAUUAGUAGAUGGACCGAGGGAUUUGAAAUUUGAAUUGACCGCAAGGGCAGUAGGUAGGGAAAUGGCACAGGCUUCUCCUUCUGUAACUCAUGAGCAAUAUGAUAUGAUCGGUAAAGAAGAUUUGAGGGAAAGGACGAGGAUGAAUAGGGAAAAGGUUUUGAAGUUUAGGGAUCAAGAAGGACAGAAGAAUUUUGAGGCUAGGGCUUUACAAUGGGCUGCACAAAUUGAAGCUGAGGAAACAGCUCAUAAUGGUCAUAAACGGAAUACUACAUCAGGGCUCGCGUACGAUGUUGCUUCCAGAACCAAGAACCCCUACGUCGGCCGAUCGUACCGCGCAGGAGAAAAGAUGGCAGGCAUGCCAGUACAUCAUACCGGUUUAGGACUUGCCAGAGGUGAUUUGACUAGACGGUUGAGAGAAGGACGUGAACCUAGGUUUCUACGAGAGCUCAGAAAGAUCGAAGGGUCGUGA